AGGAAGCGAAGUGGGGUGCAGCCCUGGGACAGUGGAGCGGGGAGUGCAAAUCUCUACACUGGCAUUAGCGAGUAGGAUACAUUAACGGGGGAGUCCAAGCCUUGGUGUCAUGUGGGUCAGAGCCCAGCUUUGCCAUACAGGGAGCUCAAUACGCUAUCGGUUUUGCAGACGUCUCUCUUUGGGGCUUUGUGGCAAGCUGAUGCUGCCAACUGGGGAGAGAGGAAGGUGGAGAGGAUGCACCAAAGGAGCAGGUACCAGAGCAUGAUGAGCCGUUUUCUGAAUGUGUUGCGCAGCUGGCUGGUCAUGGUAUCCAUCAUUGCGAUGGGGAAUACACUGCAGAGCUUUCGUGAUCACAGCUUCCUCUCCGAGAAGCUGUACACGGGCACACCCAGCCUUGUGAAUGGUCUCCAAGCUCGGACCUUUGGCAUCUGGACUCUGCUCUCAUCAGUGAUUCGCUGCUGCUGUGCCAUUGACAUCCACAACAAGACAUGGACUGUGCUGUCUUCCCAAAAGUCCCAGGGAGCUGGACACCACCCUGGGCGCUGGCCUCCUGGAGCAGCCUCCCACUCCCAUACUCCCAGGAAUAAAGGCUCUGCCUCCCCUACCUCCUUCUCAGCCCAAUACAGCUCUGUGCCUCAGACUGAUUGCUUUCUUUUCCCAAUGCACUGGGCAAUCCUGCCCCUCCCCACUGACUCCACCACAUCUCCUAUCCUGCCUGUCUAUCCACCCCUGCUUAGUACUCCCAGAUCAACUCAGAUUUUCCUUUUUUUUAAAGUGCCAUUAUCCUGCAAAAAGCUGUAAAAUGCCUUAUGGGCCCCAUGUUUGUGUCACAGUGAGGUCCAUAUCACAUUUGCUGUUUACAAAUAAAAAGAUGUUUUUUCUUCUCAAAAGUCACCGUGGGCUGUGAGAGUCAAGCCGGAUGCUUUCCUUUUUGCACAUCAUCAGUAGAGAAGGUUCAUCAGGACAGAUUCUGUCCUCGGUGCCACCUGUGCUGCCCCAUUCUAGCUGUUUUGAUGUAAUGGAUUGGAACUUUAGCAGAAUCCUUUACUAUGAUGUAUUGGCUGGAAGAGACUCCAACUCAUUCUCUCUUAGCUGGCUUAACAGGAGUAAAAAGCUGCCAAGACUUAUUUCAGUCACAGACGGAGUGCUGGAGUAAUUUUUAUAGUGGGGGGUGCUGAUGAUGGAAACCAUGUAUUUGGUGUUUGUUAUUAUUACUUCAAGCGGGGGUGUUCCAUCCCUAAUUCCAGCACCACUGGUCACAGAAGUUGGUAGUUCUGACUCUGAUACCAAGAUAGGAAGGGCCCAGCAAAACGAGAAGGGGCCAUCGGUACAUAGUCACUUUACAGAAUAAGGAAGGGUCUACAUUAGGAAAUUAUCAGAUCUUCCCAGAGCUCCUCAACUGGUGUUGGUAACUGUUUGGGUUUAGUGUAGAUAGGACCAAGCCUUUAAGCCCUCAUUACUGAAAGCAUCCUACACUCAUCUCUAGGCCCCUUCCUUGACAGUAAUGUUUGCACUUGCAGCUGCCAUUUUAGCCUUGAUUGGCAGGGGUUAGGACAAUGUAUUGUCAACAACAGGUAACUUCACCAUAUAAAAAACACUUUUGUGGGCAUAAGGAAGAUCAUGAGAGAAAAUGCCUCAGGCACCAAAGAGGCUGGGAAGGGACUUGUCUGAGGUUUCCCCAACCUGCCGCUGCUAGACUGGAAUUGGAUCUCACACCACAGUGUGAGGAUGGACUGGGCUGCCUCUCUCCAUCCUGCUCUUUCCCUUUCCUUGCUAGGCUUGUGCCCCCCACUCUAUACUACCCACUAACCGCUCUCUCUUUCUCUCUGCUCC